CUGAGCGUUUUCGGACUGUUCUCGAACACUGCUGCCAUAGUUGCCGUGCUUCACAGUCCCAUACUGCGAAAUGCCUUUGGUAGACUUUGUCUGUCUCAUAGUUUCUGCAACUUAGGUGUACUAUUGAUUUACACUUUUUGGCUGGCUUUUAGCUCAUUCAGGGAAAGAAAUUCGUCCAACGAAGCUGCGGACAAGAUUGUGGGCCAAAUUGAUUCUCUGUUUUGGUAUGUAUGUAUUUAUUCUCACUUUGCUAUCUCGUUCAAUCGAGCAGUUGCUCUUAUAAUGCCACUGCAAGCUGCCGAGUUUGUCGAUCGUAGAAAUUCAUUCUUGUUGGUCCUCGGAGUCUGGCUGAUAGGAUUCUGUCAUGUCACGCCGUUCUUCUGGGGUUGGUGUAUUCAUCAGCCAUGA